AUGGUUUUUCUAGAGUCCUUCAAAAUGUCUAGCUCAAAAGUACACCAAGCUCCAUCUCCACCUACAGUAGAGCAAAUUCUAGAAGAUCUGUCAGCAGCAAGUGACGAAGAUGUGAUCUUUAAAUCAGUGAUUCUAGAACACGGAACUCGAACGAAAAAAGAACUAAAAGAGGGUAAGUUAAAAUACGUUAGCAGAUUCUUUUGCAAACUUUUCUGUAUAGUGCUGUGUAUAAUGAGGCAAUUAAUUGCAUUGUAAAUCUUGCAAAAUAGGAAAACACCAUGAAAUCAAAACGGAAGUAUAGGAGGAUGUAGAAAUGCCCAAAUUAUCAUGAUAGGAGCCUUAUAUGCAAGGCAGAAACAAAGGAAAUCGUGACUUAGUUAAUGUUUUUCUUGCCAAAAUUGGGCUGCACCCAGCAUGGUUGACAUGAAGACUUAAGGUUCUGGACCCAAUAUUUUUGUGGGGAUACCUUUUCCAUUUUUAAUUUGAACCUCUUAUACUUAAAGAACUUGGUCUUUGUACAAAAAUCCAUUAUAACACGUGGAUUAGAGAUUGAACUGUAUUAAGAUAUUACUUUUUUUGGUGAUUGUAUUAUUUGAAUGUCACAUGACAAUGAUGUUACUAUUAUUUUAGCAUUUAAUUGGAUUUCAGCCUUUAUUUGUGCUUUCUCUGGAAAUCCCCUACUCUACAUAUACUUUUAAGUGCUUGCCUUCUGGUUUGCAACAUUUCACAAAAAUCUAUGAGAGGAAUUUUUUUAACCUCCUUAGGGCCAUACUCUGGCCCCCACCUUUCAGCACACUUCAGCAAUGCAAACCAACCAGAUUCUAAAGAUUAUUAUCCAACAAUCUGUUCUUGAAAUAACUAGAUUUUAACAAUUGAAAAUAGUGCUAAUAAAUGGGGCAUGGGGCAAACUAAUGCAAGGAUGGAUUGUUUCAAAUUACAUGAUCUUUAAAAAAAAAAAAGCCAUUUAAUGCUAAUUGACAUUUUUGUUUCAAUUACAUGUACAUGUACGUUACACGGGGGCGGAAAAUUUUCUAUAAACCCUGCAAAACAUUGUUUGCUUAGACUCAUCGAGCUGCACCCAGGAGAAUGCCUUUUUUGAUUGUUGGUGGAAAGUUCUUUCCUUCUUCUUCAUACCACCUCCAGGAGCCUUUGAAACUAUACCUUUUGUUUGUUAUACUUGUCAAGUUUUUCUCAAUCUUCCUCUUCUCCACAAUUUCAGGCAGUGACCUGAAAAAAACUAUUCAAGGAUGCCUACAUCUGAGCUGUGUAAUAAACAGGUUGCUCAAAAUUAAUUAGCCACUUGAGAAGUGCGCAUUUUUGUGUUGGUGGAUUAUGCUGUAAGCAGACGUUUUAGAACAAUAAAUUGUUCGAGACAGAAAAUAAAUCUCUUUGCACAAAUGAAACACAUGUAAGAGGAUUUUCUAUGACAAAAAUUUUUACUAAUCGUUUUGGGUUACUAAGGCUCAUUUUUAGUAACCAAACGUUGAAAUCUACUAACAAUUGUUUAUUGGGUUACUUUUAAUUUUGAGCCCUGUAAGAAAGUAAAGGGAAAGGGAAAGGGUGCCUAAUUGGUAGGUUGGUUUCAAUAUAUUUAAUCACAGCUAUUCUGCGAGCUUGCUGUCAGGGAAGGCUGGGAGAAGGGGGGCGGUGGUGGGGUUGUUGUUAUGGGGAUGUUUACAUUGAAAGCUUAUUUCCUAUCUGUACUGACAAGGUAGCCACAGUGGACACUUGAAACAAAAUUUAAGUUCCUGAUAUGUCAUUGCAAGCUCUCCCCUUCCUCCCUUCCCCAUUGCUUGCCCAGCCCCUCACCUGAUAUUUUGCAGCCUGAUAAAUUCUUCUACUGUUACUACUUUUGCUGUCUGUUUAGAAGAUGCACUUGAGCAAACUGUUGAUAGAGGAGAGGUUGCAACAGAAGAUAGAGGAAGUACUGAAGAGAAGCAGAUAAAAGGACAAUCGAAUGAGCAAAUUUAUGGAAAAGUUGCUUCAUUUUUGGAACAAUUUAAAUCACUUGAAUCUGCAAAAGAGGAGCUAAAUUGUCUGGAAGAGGAUUUAAAAUUAAAGAAAGAAACUCUUGAAGCGGCCAUCAGUAAAGUAGAAGCAGCAUGGAAGGUCAGCAAGAGCGAUGAUUAGAUAUUGACAAGAAUAUCAGAUGCAAGUGAGAUCAACAUGGGGUUUGGUAAAUUUCAGAUGUGACGUUAGAAUCAAUAGUGAAACAGAAGAAGAGUUUGUUUUUUACACAGGAUCAAGGAGGAAGAAAAAAGAGUUACUAGGGAAAAGCAUAAUUCUUAAAACUGUUAUUAUAAUUUAUUAUUAACUACAGUCAUGCCACUGAUGAGAAGUUGGCACCGAGACAUUCUCAAACUCUUUGAAGGUUUUUUAAGGUUUGAUUGCUUUUAGAUCUUAACAAUAAUUUAUUACACGUAUUGCCUUUUACACCAUAAUGUUGGGUGAAUGGUUUGAAGAACACAAGACAUGUUUAUCAUCUGGGUGAGCGUAGCCCUGAAUGGGACUGUUUUCAAAAGCGACUGACAUGUUAACAACCUAUACAGUAGUCAUCUUCAGAAGCAAAAAGUGUAUUAUAAUUAUCACAUCAGUUGAUAGUAUUUAACCCUUGUUAUUGACCUCAUUGGUCAAUUAAGUCAUGACGUCAGUGGUCAUCUGUCAGAUAAGCUGUGAUGACUCUAAAUAUGAUUGGUUAUACUGACCAUGAUAACUGUGACAAAAGAUGGAAUGGAACACACCAAGCACAUUUAGAGUUUUAAUAGCCAAUAGUAUCAUAUCAUGGCUUAUCUGACAGUAAUAACUAAAAAUGGAACUUAAGAUCUGGUCAACAACUGAUGCGUUCAUGAAGAUGAAUACCUCACAGGUCAUCUAUACAUCAGUUACUGGACAGUACAAAACUCAGGUCACAGGUCACUGAUCACAAUAAUUGUCGGUCACUGCUCUAUUGAUAAGAACUACGAUAAGCAUGAGUUUCACCUUAAGCUAACACUCUAUUUCGGAUUGUGAUUUGGACUAGCAGACACUACUAGUGUUGUUCAUUUACUGUAGCAUGGUGACCUGUAAUCUAUCCUACACUUGUGACCUGUGACCUGCAUUUUGUAGCUGCCACAUCAGUUACUGUCAACAACAGUCCUAUGCAGGGCCACACUCACCUGGAUGAUCAUACAUGUAUUCCACCUACUUAUGACAUGUAAUCUCAUGGUGUAGAGAGUUAGAGGCUGUUACUAAAGGCUGUAAUCAGACAAAAAAAAGCACAGUGACAGGACCGUGAUCAAUAUUUAAUUUAAAAUAUUUAAUGAUGCAGCUUAUUGAUUCUGUUACUGGGAGAUACAUUAUUGUCAUGUAAGUACAAUCAUUAUGACAAAUACAGAUCAAUACAACCCAUGAGUCAAAGAUGAUGUGCCUUAAAAUCAUCUUUUUUGUUUGCUGGUGCAUGAAAAAAGAGCGGCAUAUAACUUGUUUAAACAGUUUAGAUCUGGUGGGAAAAUGUAUUUCACCAAUAACUUGUCCGGUCGUUUCCCUGCAUGUCAAACCUGAAUUCGCUGCAGGUUAUUUAGUCAUGAUUUUGCAUAAAGCAUAUGUAAAAUAAUCCGAUCCGGUGUGAGAAAUUUAAACUAAGGGUUCGCGCUGAUUUGGACUCGCAAGAAGAGGAUAAAUUAUUAUGCAGUGCGAGAUGCAAUUGCAGGAAGCAAUAAUUAUUGUCCACACCAUUGUACUCAUCUUUGUUUUCCUUGUUACUAUUAUUAUUUUGUUUGAAGGUCAGUUGAAAAGUACAUAUAUAAGAUUUUGCCAUUAGCUAACAGUGAUAACCCGCUUAGCCUGCAGGAUAAAAUGCUGCUCAACGAUUUUUUUUUUAUGUUGAGUAUUCUUAGCUAAAUACGACUCUCCUAAAAACGCCUGCGUGGGUGGCUUAAUUCUUUGCUCACGCUAUUCUUAUUCUGUCACGCGCAGUUUUUUUCAAAGUAGUUACUUUUUUUUAAUUAGCGGAAUAUAAAAAUAAUUAAAAUAGUAAAUAAAUUGAAUAGAACCCCAAAGUAUACAAAUUUCAAAACUCAGCGCUACAAUUUAAAACAAAAUCGAUUAUUUCCUUCGAAUCGCUCGAACAUCAUGUCAGGUUGCGUAACAAAAAGGUUGUUACGUAAUCCUAGUGGCCGGUCGAUUUUGUUUUAAUGAUAUCUCUGAGCUUUAAUAUUUGUAUACUAGAUGUCCUCGCCAGAGCAGAUAAAAAACCUUUUUAGUAACGUUAAAUUGAACAAAUAUUGGCACUGGCUAGAUAAUAUAAUUACUUUCUACGGGGUUCAAAAUCCUUUCCCAGUGCGUGCUUCUUUUCACGAACAUCGCAGACAUGCAAUCUUUUAUGAAUGUUUUAGACGGUGGUUUGUAACCGGCAGCCAAUCAUCUUUUCGUUGCCCCAUAAAAAUCACAUGGCAUGUCGAUCGUUUUCACGUGCAGUUGAAGGUGAUACACGGAUAAGUGCAUGUAUAAUUGAAUUGAAUUGGAGAGUAAAAAUACAAAAAGCAGAGAGAGGAAAUAUUUUAUUAACCUAUUAGCCCAUCUUUGACGAACGCUUCUCGCUCACAGGGUGUACAGAAGCAGGAGGAGAAAAUGGAACUGCAGCUUCAUUCGCGGGAAAUGUUUGAAUGUUUGAACAAAAUGCGGAAGGACCAAUCAUACACUGACGUCGUCCUUCGCGUAAAGGGAGAGUCUUUCCACGCUCACAAAGUUGUUCUUGCUGCUUCCAGCCGCUUUUUUGACGCGAUGUUUUCUGCUGGGAUGAAAGAACACGCGCAGACUGAGGUGGAACUGAAAGAAGAUGGCUUGACGGAAGAAGCAUUUGAACUGCUGCUGAAUUUCAUAUACUCCUCCAUCCUUCCGCUAAAUGAAAACAGUGUUGUCGAAAUUUUGGAAGCUGCAGAUCAUUUAGAGAUUUUGAGCGUGGUUAGAAAAUGCUCCCUAUUUAUAAUAAACAAUCUCAGUGAGGAAAAAUUCGACCUGGAGACAAGACUAAAAAUCCUAAGACUGGCCGAUCGACACCACCUGGCAGAACUACACGAAGAGAUCUUACGUGCAUUAGCGUUAAAGUUUGGAGAGAUUUGUGAGGAUACAGCGUUCAUACAGAACAUAACCGCAGACGAGUUGCUUCUCCUUCUUUCGCGCAACGAUCUAAGCGUGCCGUCAGAGACAUUUCUCUUCAAGAGCGUGAUUGCUUGGAUCAAGUUCGACGAAGAAAACAGGUUGUCGCACUCUGCCAGACUUUUGGACAAAGUGCGGUUGGUUCUCGUUGACAUUAUGGUCGUCCUUGAAGAACUCGAAUCCGAAGAGUUCAGAAAGAUUCCCGAGUGUUUCUCAUUUAUGCAUACGUGCUUGUUGCAGCAUGUCCGCCCAUUUCUGUGUUCUCCUUUUGCUCAAGAAAAAGGAAUGCCUCGUGUCUCGUCUAAGGCAAGUGCGUCCUCCCGUGUAUAAAUUUUAACAGGUCACGCAAUCUGUUUCGUGUCACUGCCGGCUGCCUCGUAAUUAGGCGUCUCUUUGGACGCAAAGAAUGGCGGGAUACACUAUUAGGUUGGGGGCCGGGGGGAAGUGCAAGAGGGAUCGAAGGCCAAAACGCACGUGAUCAGAUUGUGUUUGUUACUGGAUAGCACUCGCCGGCAUGAAAAUCAUACCCAAUAGGGCUUUUGUUCACUCAUAAGAACCGUGAUGUCAGUGCGAUUUCUAUAGGGUAGCGCGAUCGCGAAAGUGGAGCGUCACAUAUCGGAAAGGUUUCUGUGCCACACUUUGGUGCAGUGUGAACAGAUAUUCGGACCGUAGCGGAAGUGAAUAAGUAGGAAAGAGGACUAGGAAUCAACCUCUUGCAUGAUUUCCGAUGUAUUUGCACGACUUGUUCCAGUUCUGUGCCGUUGCAGUUUACACCAUAACGGAUAACACUUCGUGCUUUCCGGUAUAGUCAAGAGAGAAUGAUCGAUAGUGUGAACAUAGCCUUAGUGGGAGUCUAAACGAUUGCCCAAAAGAAUUCUACCUGCAUACGAGCCGCGCAUGAGAAAAAGCAACCUGGAGAUUAGUUCCAAAUCCGGAUUCCGAAUCCAAAAACGGAUUUUGCGUUUUUUUGGGCAAAUCCAAAAACGGAUCAUAAACCCAUAAAAUCUACACUCAGGGUGGAUUGUUCGGAUCAGAUCCAAAUCUGGAUUUUUGAGAUUAACAAUCUGUUUUUUACGGGAAACGAUUUGAAAAAAAAAUUUUUUGACAAGUGGUUUUUCGAACAAAAAUGGUACGCAACAGAUGCCGUACAUGUAUGACAUUCUAACAGAACCUAUGUUGGUGGCGCCUUAACUUUGAACCAUUAUUGUUAGACUGUUUUUAAACCCUUACUUGUCAUUUUUUUGGCACGUAUAUAGUGUCUGCUUACGCCUGGUCGCCCAUGAUGAUGUCUUUUUCCCAUGAUGAAGGUCGAAUUUUGGCAGUUCGCGUGUUCUCUCUAUGCGGUCGAGUCUGGUAAAAAUAUUUUCACGACCGCAUAGAGCUAAUUAAGCUGAAAUAUGGCCUUAUCUCAGGUAGCUGAAACUUUUGCCAUUUUUUCAAAGCUAUUUAUUUCAUUCAUUUAAGUAACAACUGCUCUUCUGAUUUUUUUAUCCAGGCCCUUGUGUCGCUUUCAUUAACAGGUGGAACCAAAUUUUUCAACAUUGAGUCCAAAACCUGGGAACCACUCCAUGGCCUUAAAUUACCAAGUCUACAAAGAAAGCCAGCCAUACUUUUCACUGGUAAUCACCUUUUCCUUUUUGAUGAGAAAGACGUCCACCAGUAUCAGAUUGAUACAAGCACUUGGACAGUGCUUCCACCCAUGAAGACUGCCCAUGAAAAUUUCCAGGCCUGCGUGUGUGAAGAUUUCCUGUACGUAAUUGGCGGUGCUGAGGCCAAUCACAGUGUUAUAUCAGAGAGAUUUAGUUUCUCCAAGAAGAUGUGGCAGUACAUUUCUUUCCAUGAAGAGCUAGGCUUACAUGGUUGUGCUGUGGCUGUACACAAAGGGUGCAUUUAUUCCAUCGGAGGUUCUUGGGCAGAUGGGGGUGCUGGUCGCGAGGCCUGUAGAUUUGACCCAGCCAAAAAUGUCUGGACAAAGUUGGAGAGGACCAAACACAGCCACACCCACGCAUGCACAUUUGAAGUCAAUGGCAGGUUGUAUGUGGCAGGUGGCAAAACAGACCCGCCAAGCAAACGUCAAAGAGGGCUUAUUCCAUCCAGGUAUGUGGAAGUUUAUGAUGAAGAGAAUGACCAAUGGCAUGACGUUCCACAACCCCGUAUACCCCCUAGUAAUUACGGGGCUAUAGAAAUCGAAAAUCAUAUUUUCUUCAUACUUGGAAACUUUGCCUACAAUAGUGGGGUGAAAAUUGAGGAGAGCGAGGUUUAUCAGGUCGACUUGGAGGAGUGGGAGCCGAUGAGUCACGUGGAUGAUGACGCGGUGUUUGUCUACAUGCCAGUGACCAGAGAUGGAGCGCCUGAAAAUCCUAGUCAAACUGAGGAAGCUUCCAACGAAUUGUUGUCGGAGACGGAUAAACUUUCUAAUGACUGAAUAACGUUUAGUUGUCAGUCAGGGCCUCAUUACAUUGUAUAUAAAAAUACAGAUAUGCUCAUAACCUCUAGCGUUUUUCAUUCAAAAAUGUUCUCAUUCAUAGUUUAGCUUAGUUUUCAAUAUCAACCACUAGAACAUUUUUGAUUAAUUCAAUUUACAAUGUAAGAACGAGUCAGGUAACGAAGUACAGAACUGUUAAGUUCAUCAACAGUCACGAAAUUAUGACUUCAAGUUGAGAGACAGUAAUACCAAUUUGGUCAUGGUUUUCUGUGCCACACCCAACCACGUGUGAUAAACAGUUAACCAUCUCAGUCAUGGAACCAGUUAGAGUCGAACAACAUAGACUGUAUUUAACAUUCAUUGAAAAC